AUGGUAAUGGAGGUAAUACUCUGCUCCCCCCGAGGAUUUUGCGCGGGCGUGGUCCGCGCCAUACAGGUUGUCGAAGAGUGCCUGCAACGCUUCGGCCCGCCCAUCUAUGUUAAGCACCAGAUCGUCCAUAAUCCCUACGUUGUGGAAGACCUGGAGAGCAGGGGCGCCGUAACCGUGGAAACGGUCGAGGAAAUUCCCUCCGGCUCCCGAGUGGUCUUUUCUGCCCACGGUUCCCCGCCUGAAGACUUUGAGCAGGCACGGGAACGCAACCUUCAAGUAAUUGACGCCGUGUGUCCCCUGGUUACACGGGUUCACAACGAAGCCAAAAAAUACAAUCGGGAAGGCCAUCGGGUUAUCCUGGUGGGUCACCAAGGGCACCAGGAAGUCAAAGGCACUAUGGGCCAGGCGCCCAUGCACCUGAUGGACGACAACUCUGUUACCGAAAUGCCGGAUUGGGAUCCAGAGACUCCCGUAGCCGUGUUGACCCAGACUACCCUGUCUGUCGGUGACACUGCCUCAGCCAUUGACGCCAUUAAGGAGCAAUUUCCAAACUCCCAGAUCCGAAACGACAUUUGUUACGCCACCACCAACCGGCAGGACGCUGUGAGCAAGAUGGCUUCGCUGGUGGACCUGGCCCUGGUAAUCGGGGCGCAGAACAGCUCCAAUUGCAACCGCCUGCUGGAGUUGGCCAAGUCCCUGGGCGUCCACGCUUACUUGAUAAACGGCCCUGGAGAGUUGCGACCCGAGUGGGUAGUCGACGUUAAGGUUGUUGGUAUAGCUUCCGGCGCGUCCACUCCCGAAAUUCUGGUGGAAGAAGUAAUCCGCGCCUUGAAGCCGGAAAAGGUGACCCUGCUGGAGGGAGUGGAGGAGAACAUAACCUUCACCAUGCCUCGGGAAUUGCAGUAG